CAUUCCUCUUAUGCAACUAUGGUCCACUUUUGGAUUCGUAUCAAUUCUCAUUUCUCCUUCAAAAUUUAUCCACACAAUGAAAAAAGAUAUUUAUAAACUGUGAUUGCAUUUAGCUUUAUCUAUAUUUUUUUUCAGAGUUACAAAGAUUUGCUUUUCUGAUUACCAUAAUAUCUUCAAAAGCAUUUAAGAAGCCAUCUUCGUUGGUUCAUGGUACACAGAUACAGACUCCAUUGACUAAUUCAUAGAGUGUUAAAAGAUGGAGGGUGUAGAGCACCGAACAGUGAAUGUGAAUGGCAUAAACAUGCACAUUGCUGAGAUGGGUGAAGGCCCAUUGAUCCUCUUCAUCCAUGGAUUCCCUGAUCUCUGGUUCUCAUGGCGCCACCAGAUGAAAGCUCUUGCUUCCCUCGGUUACCGCUGCGUGGCGCCGGACCUCCGAGGCUACGGAGACACGGAUGUGCCGCCCUCUACCACCGCCUACACCACUCUCCACGUCGUCGGCGAUCUCGUCGGUCUUCUGGAUGAGGUUGCCGGCGGCGAUGAGAAAGUGUUUGUGGUAGGUCAUGACUGGGGUGCCAUGACUGCUUGGAAUCUUUCUCUCUUCCGCCCUGAACGAAUCAGAGCUCUGGUCAACUUGAGCGUGGCUUUUACUCCCCGAAACCCUAAGAGAAAGCCUCUUGACACCUUAAGAGCAGUGUAUGGAAAUGAGUACUAUAUUUGCAGGUUUCAGGUCUCAAAAGAUGGUUUAAGUAGAAGUGAAAAAAAGAUGAUUUUGUGUUGGGGCAAACCAUGGUUUGCAAAGUGGUUUUGUUGCUCAAGUGCAUUGUUGCAGGAGACUGGGAAUAUAGAAGCUGAGUUUGAGCAGAUUGGAACUGGAAGAGUGUUGAAGGAGUUCCUGACAUACCGCAACCCUGGCCCACUUUAUCUACCUCAGGGCAAAGCCUUUGGUCGUUCAAUUGAUUCUCCCUUAACGUUGCCCUCAUGGCUAUCUGAAGAAGAAUGUGAUUACUAUGUCAGUAAAUAUCAGAAGACUGGUUUCACUGGGGGAUUGAACUACUACAGAAAUUUGGAUCUAAAUUGGGAGCUCACAGCACCGUGGGGUGGUGCUAAAGUGAAAGUUCCUGUGAAGUUUAUUGUGGGUGAUCUUGACCUGACCUACAAUUCACCGGGAGCCAAGGAUUACAUUCAUAAAGGUGGGUUGAAGAGAGAUGUGCCUCUUCUGGAGGAUGUAGUUGUAAUUGAAGGGGCAGGUCACUUCCUUCAUCAAGAAAGGCCUGAUGAGAUCACCAAACACAUCUACGAUUUCAUUAAGAAAUUCUAAUUUCAUAUGGUCAUGUAUUCCUUUGUUCUUGGUUUGAUUGCAUCUUUCUCCUUCCGCUGGUAACUCUUGCUGGGUGUAUUCUCAUGUAUGCUUGUGUUUUUAAAGAGAUCAAAAUAAAAGUUAAAAAUAGCAGUAGUCAAGAACAAACAAUGUUAGUAGAAUUUACCAACAUCCUUUCUACUCAUCCCAUUUGAAGACCAUUUUUAUUUUUAAUUCAUGGGCUAAGUCACCAUUAUCCACUGCAUAAAACAGCACGUCCAUAUCAUCACAACCAAUUUAGUGACAAAAGUCUAAAACAGCACGUCCACCAAGAUCUAGAGCACUGAUUCGAAUACCAUAAAUAAAUUGAAAAAAAAAAA